AUGGUGAACUUCACCAUAGACCAGAUCCGUGCCAUCAUGGACAAGAAGGCAAACAUCCGGAACAUGUCUGUGAUUGCGCACGUCGAUCACGGCAAAUCCACCCUGACUGACUCACUGGUGUCCAAGGCUGGUAUUAUUGCUUCAGCUCGUGCGGGAGAGACUCGCUUUACGGACACACGCAAGGACGAGCAAGAGCGGUGCAUCACCAUCAAGUCAACAGCCAUCUCCCUGUACUAUGAGCUGGCGGAUGAGGAUUUGGCCUUCAUCAAACAGGGCAAGGAUGGUAAAGGUUUCUUGAUCAACUUGAUUGACUCCCCUGGACACGUUGACUUCUCUUCUGAGGUGACUGCAGCCCUUCGUGUCACUGAUGGCGCUCUCGUUGUAGUGGAUUGUGUCUCAGGUGUCUGUGUGCAAACUGAGACUGUGCUUCGUCAAGCCAUUGCUGAACGCAUUAAGCCUGUUCUCAUGAUGAACAAAAUGGACCGUGCCUUGUUGGAGUUGCAGCUUGGCGCAGAGGAACUGUAUCAGACAUUCCAACGUACUAUUGAAAAUGUCAACGUUAUCAUUGCCACGUAUGGGAUGCUUCAAGGGGGACCAAUGGGUGACGUCGAGAUUGACCCCAUUAAGGGUACUGUUGGCUUUGGCUCUGGGCUCCAUGGCUGGGCAUUUACUCUAAAGCAGUUUGCUGAGACCUAUGCAAAGAAAUAUGUGAAGGAAGGAGAAAGCGAACCUACUCAUGAUGAGAGAGCCAAAAAAGUAGAGGACCUGAUGAAAAAGAUGUGGGGAGAUAGGUGGUGUGACUCAAAGACUGGCAAGAUAAGCAAGACUCAAACUGCUGCUGAAGGAAAACCCGUUCGCUCCUUUGUCUUUUUUGUUCUGGAUCCCAUCUACAAGGUUUUUGAUGCCAUCAUGAAUUUUAAGAAGGAAGAAACUGCCAAAAUGAUUGCGAAACUCAAUGUAAAGUUGGAUUCUGAGGACAAGGACAAGGAGGGUAAACCUCUGUUGAAGGCUGUUAUGCGCCGUUGGCUACCUGCUGGAGAGGCUUUGCUUCAGAUGAUCACCAUCCACCUGCCAUCUCCUGUCACUGCGCAAAAGUACCGCUGUGAGCUUCUUUAUGAGGGACCCCCUGAUGACGAGGCUGCUAUGGGUAUUAAGAAUUGUGACCCCAAGGCUCCCCUGAUGAUGUACAUCUCCAAGAUGGUGCCUACUUCUGACAAGGGUCGCUUUUUUGCCUUUGGGCGCGUCUUCUCUGGGAUUGUUUCAACUGGCCAGAAAGUUCGCAUCAUGGGACCAAAUUAUGUUCCUGGAAAGAAGGAGGAUCUCUACAUUAAGCCAAUUCAAAGAACAAUUUUGAUGAUGGGACGUUAUAAUGAACCCAUUGAAGAUGUACCAUGUGGGAACAUUGUUGGGCUGGUUGGAGUGGACCAAUUCCUGGUGAAAACGGGAACAAUCUCAACCUUUGAGCACGCACACAACUUGAAAGUGAUGAAAUUCAGUGUCAGCCCUGUAGUGAGAGUUGCUGUUGAGGCUAAAAAUCCCGCCGACCUGCCAAAGCUGGUUGAAGGGUUGAAACGCCUGGCAAAGUCUGAUCCUAUGGUGCAGUGCAUCAUUGAAGAGUCUGGAGAGCAUAUUGUUGCUGGUGCUGGGGAGCUGCACUUGGAGAUUUGUCUGAAAGACUUGGAGGAGGAUCACGCUUGCAUUCCACUUAAAAAAUCCAAUCCAGUGGUGUCCUACAGAGAAACUGUUGAUGCUGAAUCCAAUCAAACCUGCCUGUCCAAAUCCCCGAACAAGCACAAUCGUUUGUUCAUGAGGGCUCGUCCUCUUGAGGAUGGCCUUCCAGAAGACAUCGACAAGGGAGAGGUUUCUUCUCGACAGGAACUUAAGGCCAGAGCCCGCUACCUUGCCGAGAAAUUUGAGUGGGAUGUUGGUGAGGCCCGUAAGAUCUGGUGUUUUGGCCCUGAUGGAACUGGACCCAACAUUUUGGUGGAUGUUACCAAGGGAGUUCAGUACCUUAAUGAGAUCAAAGACAGCGUUGUUGCUGGAUUUCAGUGGGCAUCUAAGGAGGGUGUGCUCUGUGAAGAGAACAUGCGUGGUGUUCGUUUUGAUGUCCAUGAUGUAACUCUGCAUACGGAUGCUAUCCAUAGAGGUGGUGGACAGAUCAUCCCCACUGCUCGCAGAGUACUGUAUGCCUCUCAGCUUACAGCAAACCCCAGAAUCAUGGAACCAGUAUAUCUGGUGGAGAUCAAUUGUCCCAGUGAUGCGAUCGGAGGAAGCUAUAGUGUCUUGACUAGAAGAAGAGGGCUUGUGAUUGAAGAGUCGCAGACUCCAGGAACACCAAUGCACAUUAUCAAGGCCCACCUUCCUGUCAUGGAGUCAUUUGGUUUCACAGCUGAUCUGCGUUCAAAUACUGGUGGACAGGCUUUCCCACAGUGUGUCUUUGACCACUGGAAGAUUCUUGAUGGAAAUCCAUUUGAGAGUUCAUCAAAGCCUGGACAAGUUGUAAUCGACACACCCAAUCAGAUCAUCGAGUCAGAACGCUUCCUGUUUGUCCCCGGGCUGCGUGUGGUAACGGUUAUGGGAGGAAUCAAACAAGAACAUGGAGAUGCCCAGCACAACACAAAGUCCUCACAUUCACCCGAGCAGCCGACAGAGGAGGUAAACAUUUCCAUUCCAAAGAAAAGAGGAUGGCCAAAGGGGAAAAAACGAAAGAAGGUUCUACCCAAUGGCCCUAAAGCGCCCGUCACUGGAUAUGUCCGCUUCCUCAAUGAACGCCGAGAACUCAUGCGAGCCCAGUACCCCGAUCUACCUUUCCCUGAGAUAACCAAGAGACUGGGGGCUGAGUGGACAAGAUUACUCCCCCACGACAAACGGCGUUAUCUCGAUGAAGCUGAACGGGAGAAAAUGCAGUAUGCGCAGGAACUGAAAGAGUAUCAGCAGACAGAAGCCUUUCAUCUCACAAAUGCCAAAAUACAAGACAAGAAAGUAAAAAAAGAAGACGCACCUUCAUCGUCUCUAACUGUUGUGCCUGGACUGUCUUUACCAAAGGUCUCUGAGCUCCCCAGCAGAUUUGAUGUUCCUAUUUUCACAGAGGAGUUUCUUGAUCAGAAUAAAGCUCGAGAGUCUGAACUGCGGCGUCUCCGUAAAGCAAAUAUAGAGUUUGAAGAGCAGAAUUCCGUGCUGCAAAGACACAUAAAGGAUAUGUAUAACGCCAAAGAGCGGCUGGAAGCUGAACUGGGUCAGGACGAGCAAAGGACUCAGGCUUUACAGAGGCACCUGCAGGCUAUCAAACAGACUCUGGUCAAUAGCCUGUCUACUGUCCCCUUGCCAGGCUCAGGUGAAACUGCAUCUCUUGGUAACUUGGAUUCAUAUUUGAGUCGUCUCAAUGGAGUGCUGGAGGGCAACCCGGAUAGACACCGUGCCUUGCUGCGCCAACUUUGUGAAGUUUUAUCACAUUUUGACAGUGAGAAUUUAUAA